UGAAUGAUGAUAUUCAGAAAAAAAAAAAAACAGGAACCGUGAGGAUAACAGACCGAGAGGGCCGCCGAUCAUUAUAUACAGGCAGAAAAUGCGCACAGUCGAUCCACUGAUGGGCUGAUUUCUUGCAGCCAGAAGCUUUUUUGUGAUGCCAUUAUUUCCUAUAUGAGGCAGAUCUUUACUCAGUAAUUCAUCGCUGGCUCGGAGGCGGUUGUCCUGAUGAAGUGUCGGCAGAGGGAGGAGGAAACCAAAGAGAGGAAGGAAACGAGGAUAACGUCACGAAAAGCAGAAUCGGAGUAAAAAAGGACUGAAUAGUAUUUAAUGGACAGUGCUUGAUGCGGGGCCGGGGGACCGAGCUGAAUUGUGUUUGUUUACGACGCAUUGGACAAAGAUGUUUUUGUUAACUGGUCUGGCGUGAAAAGAAGGGGACAACCUAUCGAGGAGGAAACAGCAACACAGCAGCAGCAGCAGAUUUCAUCUUUUUCAGGAGGCUCCACUAAAGCAGAGAAAUGGAAAUGUGUGUAGCCCUCCUCCGUUUGCCUGUUCGCUGAAGGAUUUGGAAACAGCCUCAUCGUGACACACGCAGCUUAAAGUGGAUUUCAGUCAUAUAGUUCAAUCCUCCACGAGAUUUUUUUUGCCUUGGGGGGUACGUUGCUUUCAGGGUUUUUUUGCACGGCAGAAUAAAAAGCAGCAAAAUCAUCGGGAGAAUUAACAGGUGACGGCUCAGACAAAUCCAAAAUGAGUGAGCUGGAGCAGCUUCGUCAGGAGGCCGAGCAACUUAGGAACCAGAUAAGAGAUGCUAGGAAAGCAUGUGGAGAUUCAACCCUGACACAGAUAACUGCUGGUCUGGAUCCUGUGGGGAGGAUUCAGAUGAGGACGAGACGCACCCUCCGGGGACACCUCGCUAAGAUCUACGCCAUGCACUGGGGCACAGACUCAAAGCUUCUGGUUAGUGCCUCUCAAGAUGGAAAACUGAUCAUCUGGGACAGCUACACCACUAACAAGAUACAUGCCAUCCCUCUGCGCUCCUCCUGGGUGAUGACCUGCGCGUACGCCCCCUCUGGGAACUACGUGGCCUGCGGAGGCCUGGACAACAUCUGCUCCAUCUACUGCUUGAAGACUCGCGAAGGCAACGUCAGGGUCAGCAGGGAGCUACCUGGCCACACAGGUUACCUGUCCUGUUGCCGCUUCAUUGAUGACAAUCAAAUCAUCACGAGUUCAGGAGACACCACAUGUGCACUGUGGGACAUCGAGACAAGUCAGCAGACCACAGUUUUCUCGGGCCACACCGGUGACGUCAUGAGUCUGUCCCUGUCGCCCGACCUCCGCACCUUUGUGUCAGGAGCCUGCGACGCCUCGGUCAAACUGUGGGACAUCAGGGACAGCAUGUGCCGGCAGACCUUCAUAGGCCACGAGUCGGACAUCAACGCCAUCUGUUUCUUUCCCAACGGCAGCGCCUUCGCCACAGGCUCUGACGACGCCACCUGCAGGCUGUUUGACCUGCGUGCAGACCAGGAGCUCAGCCUCUACUGCCAUGACAACAUUAUCUGUGGCAUCACCUCCGUGGCUUUCUCACGCUCUGGCCGUUUGCUGCUGGCUGGUUACGACGACUUUAACUGCAACAUCUGGGACGCCAUGAAGGGAGACAGAGCAGGGGUCCUGGCCGGCCAUGACAAUCGUGUGAGCUGUCUGGGUGUGAACGAUGACGGCAUGGCGGUGUGCACCGGGUCCUGGGACAGCUUCCUUAAGAUCUGGAACUGAGCCAUGCACAUAAACAGCAAACACACACACACACACACACACACACGCACGCACGCACGCACACGUCCAACACACAGACACCGCUCCCAUCUCGGGACACAGUUUGCACCCUGUAUUCACUGUAUGUAAGAUUCAACAGACAAACUGCAACAUUGUACUGUACAUAAUAUAUAUGACUUAGGUAUGAGUUUACACACACACACACACACACACACUGUACGCAGGACAAGACAUCACAAGACCUGAACACACACCCACACUACCUACAGCUAAUUUAAGUGCACGGCAGCAAGGUAACAGUACAACACACACACACACACACACACACACACACACACACACAUAAUCUGUAAAAUGUUAAAAUGUGACAAAACACAGUUGAGUCCUCAGCUGCUCAAAUGAAACACACAAACACCACUAUUACCUGAAGCCUUUUAACACGUCUAACACGCUCAGUCACACAACACACACACACACACACACACACACACACACACUUUUUCCUGAGAGACACUGCUCCUCCAGUUAAACAGAGGAGAAGAUGUUAUUGGACAAUUCUGUCUUUGUUUACAAUGAAGUCCAAAAUGCACUUCAGACAAAUUUUUUCUGUACUAUUUUUGUCUCCGUACCACAUGUAUCUCAAGCGAUGCUAAUGUGAAGGAAGAACGGUCAUGAAGGAGAAUCAUGUGAGUCCAUUAACACUGAAAAAAAACAAAAAACACUGACAGACAGGAUGGGCCGAUGAUUGACAGAGUCCAAGGAAAAUAUCAGCUCUUAUUUUCAUCCGGCUCCAAACAUCAUGUAAUCACUGUUUUUAUAGAUAUACCCCCCCCCCUCCCCCACAUACAUCCCAUCUGCUCUUAAGCCUUUGUUUUAUUCUUUAUUUUUUUUUUUUUUUACACUUAUUUUAUUCAUGUUCUCCCUGUGUGCCUCAGAUACACUUUAAGGAUUAUUAAUAGAGAAUAUUGACAAAGUUACAAAAAAAAAGAGAGAUUCAGGAGGUGGGUGGAAAAAUAAAAGCAUUAUAAGACACAUCUUAAUAAAGCAGGAGCCAGUAUUCAUACUUUGACUUUGUCAAUGUAUUAUCUGGAUAUUAUGAUGGUAUAAUUGUACAUAAUAUUAAUAAAUAAUAGCCUCUCCUGCC